AAUCUCAACCGUGUAUUCAAGAUAGUCUUGAAGUUAGCAUAACAAAAAUUUCAACCCAACAAAAUUCUUUUGUUGAGCUUAAAAACAGUCUUGGAGUUAUCAUGAUAAAAAUUUCAACCGAACAAAUUGCCAACAAAGUGACUCCGUCUCAACCAUGGCUUGGAGUUAUUAUAACUGAAAUUUCAGCUAAACAAAUCACAAACAAAGUGACUUUG